UGUUCACACUGCUGUCAGUCGUAAAAGUCGAACGGAGCGGCUUACUGCAAAACUAAUCUGAUUCAUUUUCAAUCGGGAACUGUUUGUCCAAAACAUUAUUUCUCUAGCAUUUCUCUGUGAACUAGCACCAUGACUGAACCGGAGGAAGUUAACGGUGUCGAUGAGGCAGGCGACAAAAAGCAAAAGAAAGCUUCCAAACACGACAGUGGUGCCGCAGAUUUAGAACGUGUGACCGAUUAUGCCGAGGAAAAGGAAAUUACUUCCAAGGAAAUCACGAAUGCCGCUAACAUGUUUGAGGAGAAACGAAAUAAGGAAAAUGAGGAAAAGCUAGCCAAAGAGCGUGAACUUCAGAAAGUUCAUGUUAAGAAGGAAGACAUUGAAUUGAUUAUAAGAGAAAUGGAAAUCACCCGAUCAAAGGCAGAGGAAACACUUCGAGUGCAUCGCGGGGAUGUUGUUUCUGCCUUGGAAGCUCUCACUAAUUAACAGUAGAAUGCUCGGACCGCGAUUGGUAUAAUCGGAACAGGUCACUUUGAAAGUGUUUCGAGUAAUCGGGGAUUAAGGAAACGCUUAUUCAAUUGUAUAGUAAUUAUCACAAUUAAACAAACUAAUAACAAUAA